AUGCCAGAAGACGCCCCCUCCAAUAAACGUCCCAUUGACGCCGUCGACGAGAACGACGACUCCUCCGACGAUGACUUUGGUCCGGCGCUGCCCUCGGCCGAUGCGCCCAAGAAGAAACGCCGCAAGCUUCCCUUCGAGAAGGUCUACGUGAACGCCCUCCCGGCCUCCCCACGGUACUCCAAGUCCCUCAUGCACAAGGACCAAUUGGCCUUUACGAUAAUCACGCCGCACACCGAUUUCCUCAUUACCGCGUCGAUCGACGGCUUUGUCAAGUUCUGGAAGAAGAUGGCGGUCGGCGUCGAGUUCGUCAAGGAGUUUCGCGCGCACAGCGGCGAGGUGCGCAGCGUGAGCGUCAGCGCCGACGGCCGCAGUUUCGCGACGACCGGCGCCGACAAGACGGUCAAGAUCUUCGAUGUCAUUACCUUUGACCUCCUCUCCAUGCUCACCCUCGACUUCACCCCGCGCUGCGUCUGCUGGGUGCACCGGCGGGGCGCCUCCCUCCCCCUCCUGGCCGUGACCGACGACGACACCAGCACGAUCCGGGUCUACGACGGACGCGGGGAGAACCCCAACCCCCUUCACACCGUGAAAACCGUCCACCGCAGCCCCGUGGCGGCCAUCGCGUUCAACGACGCCUACGACUGCGUAAUCUCGGCCGACGACAGCGGCAUGGUCGAGUAUUGGCGUGCGGGCGACGGCUCGUUCGAGAAACCCGACAACGUGUUUGCGCUCAAGUCGUCGACGAACCUGUUCGAGUUCAAAAAGGCCAAAUCGACGCCGACAUCCCUCACCAUCUCGCCGUCCGGCGAGCAAUUCGCCGCCUUCUCCUUCCCCGACCGACAAGUGCGCGUGUUCGACUUUGCGACGGGCAAGCUGACGCGCAAAUACGACGAGUCGCUGGGCACGCUGACGGACAUGCAGCAGGCGGGCACGGCGCUCUACCCGCUGGACGAGGUGGAGUUUGGGCGGCGGCUCGCGGUGGAGCGCGAGCUGGAGUCGCCGGCGACCAAGCCCAAGAUCAACGUGAUCUUCGAUGAGUCUGGGCAUUUCCUCCUCUACGGCUCGCUGUACGGCAUCAAGUGCAUCAACACGUACACGAACCGGGUGGUGCGGGUGUACGCCCGCGACGAGCCGUUCCGCGCGCUCCACCUGGCGCUGUAUCAGGGCCAGCCGCAGAAGAAAGGUGUGGUGACAGUGUCGAUGGCGGCCAGCGCCAACCCGCUGCUGCAGGAGGCCGAGGAGCGCGACCCGAUCCUGGUGAGCACGGGGUUCGCCAAGCUGCGCUUCUACCUGUUCACCAACGAGACGGAGGUGUCGAAGGCGUCGCGCGACGUGCACAACGAGCGGCCGACGCAGGAGCAGAACGCGCGGGACGCGGCGGCGGCGGCAGCGCAGAAAUCGCGCGAUCUGGGCUCGUCGGCGAUCCUGCACACGACGCUGGGCGACAUCCACCUGCGGCUGUUCCCGUCGGCGGCGCCCAAGGCGGUGGAGAACUUUGUCACGCAUGCGCGCAACGGCUACUACAACAACACGAUCUUCCACCGGGUGAUCCGCAAGUUCAUGAUCCAGGGCGGGGACCCGCUGGGCGACGGCACGGGCGGCGAGUCGAUCUGGGGCGGCGAGUUCGAGGACGAGUUCUCGACGCUGACGCACGACAAGCCGUACACGCUGUCGAUGGCGAACGCGGGGCCCAACACGAACGGCAGCCAGUUCUUCAUCACGACGGAGAAGACGCCGUGGCUGGACGGGAAGCACACGAUCUUUGGGCGGGCGGUGCAGGGGCUGGACGUGGUGCACAAGAUCGAGAACACCAAGACAUUCAAGGAGAAGCCGGAGCAGGACAUCAAGAUUGUGAGCAUUAGUGUUUCUUAG